AUUGCUGUUCUGUUUAGUUUUGUUUUGUUUUUUUAUAAACCUCCAAGAAUAUAAAUACCCAUUCAAGCUUUUUGUUUAUCUUACUUGUGAUGCCAAGCAGUGGUUUAGCUAUCUCUGACUGUAUGAUGUCCACACAGAGGUGGCCAGAGCAGGGUUGGGCACUUUUACAGCUGUUGUUGGUAGCGUCUUUCUCUCAGGCUGAGGAGCUGAUGUGCAGGCAGAUAGGAGAUCCAGUGAAUCCCCAGCUAUCUAAGGAUGGAGACAUUAUGUUGGGGGGAAUCUUCUCUUUUCACAGCAGCUGGAAAGAGAAGACGGAUACCUACAUACACAAACCACUGCAACUGCAAUGCAUCAGUUUGAAUUUCAGAGGGUUCCAAUUUGCUCAGGCUAUGCUCUUUGCCAUAGAGGAGAUUAAUAACAAUACAGAUCUAUUGCCUGACAUCUCUCUGGGCUAUAAGCUCUAUGAUGUCUGUGGCUCUAUUGCCAGAGGUGUCAGGGUUGCACUGGCCUUGGCUAAUGGUAACAAAGCGGUAUCUGCAGCCUCUGAGGCACCUUGUACCAAACCUGCCCAAGUGCAGGCUAUCAUGGGAGAGACUUCCUCCUCUCCUUGCAUGGCUAUAGCUACUGUCAUCGGACCUUUUCAUAUCCCACUGAUCAGCCACUUUGCUACUUGUGCUUGUCUCAGUGAUAAAACCAAGUACCCAUCCUUCCUCAGAACAAUACCCAGUGACUACUACCAGAGCAGAGCCCUGGCCCAGUUGGUCAAGCACUUUGGUUGGACUUGGAUUGGAGCCAUUAGAACAAAUGAUGAUUAUGGCAAUAAUGGCAUGGCCAUAUUCACAGAAGCUGCUCAAAAGCUGGGCAUCUGUCUGGAGUACUCUGUGUCUUUCUUUAGAACAGAUCCACCAGACAAAAUACAAAAGAUAAUUGACAUUAUCAAGACUUCAACUUCCAAGGUGAUUGUUGCUUUCCUCUCCCAUAUGGACAUGGAUGUGCUCAUACAUGAGCUGUCUCACUAUAACUUGAUUGGGCACCAGUGGGUAGGCAGUGAGAGCUGGAUAUUUGACUCCCAAACUGCAGCCAUGGAUAAGCAUCACAUUCUGGAUGGUGCCAUAGGCCUGUCCAUCCCCAAAGCACAUGUCAGUGGCAUGAGAGAGUUCAUGUUGGAUGUGAAGCCACUCAACUCAUCUGGUUAUGAAUUGUUUACAGAGUUUUGGGAGACUUUAUUUAGCUGUAAGUUCAAACAGUCAAAGCCAUCAGCAGCAAACCAGAAUGAGUGUACUGGGCAUGAAGAUGUGACUGGAAUGCAAAACAGCUUCACUGAUAUGUCACUCAUGCCUAUCUUUAACAAUGUUUAUAAGGGAGUGUAUGCUGUGGCCCACGCACUUCAUAGCAUUCUCGACUGUAAUAAAACAUGUAACAAGAAGGUGCAACUAGAUCCAUUCACGAUUUUACAGCACAUAAGAAAGAUUCAGUUCAAAACAAAGGAAGGAGAUGAGGUUUACUUUAAUGAGAAUGGAGACCCAACGGCAAAGUAUGAAAUUAUAAACUGGCAGCCAACAGAAAAUGGCAUCGUGGACUUUGUCACAGUUGGUCUUCAUGAUUCAUCGUUGCCUGCAGACAAACAGCUGAAUCUGCAAAAUAAGUCUUUAAUUUGGGCACAGAACUCACAAGAGGUGCCUUUGUCAGUUUGCAGUGAGAAAUGUCCCCCAGGAACUCGUAAGGUUCUGCAGAAAGGAAAGCCUGUCUGCUGCUAUGACUGUAUAAGAUGUGCGGAGGGAGAAAUAAGCAACAUUACAGAUUCCAUCACUUGUGUGCGAUGCCAUCCUGACUUCUGGUCAAAUGAGAGAAGAGAUGCCUGUGUAAAGAAGGAGGCAGAGUUUCUAUCAUAUGAAGAGGUCAUGGGAGCACUGCUCGCUGCUGCCUCGCUGUUUGGAACAUGUAUGACUGCUGUUGUGGCAUUCAUUUUCUUCAGAUACAGGCAGACUCCUAUUGUCAGGGCCAACAACUCUGAGCUGAGCUUCCUGCUGCUCUUCUCCUUGACUCUGUGUUUCCUGUGUUCUCUGACCUUCAUCGGUCGGCCCUCUGAGUGGUCCUGCAUGCUGCGACACACAGCAUUUGGGAUCACCUUUGUCCUCUGUAUCUCUUGUGUUCUGGGGAAAACAAUAGUGGUGUUGAUGGCCUUCAGGGCCACACUUCCAGGUAGUAAUGUGAUGAAAUGGUUUGGGCCUGCACAGCAGAAACUCAGUGUUCUGGGUUUCACUGUCAUACAAGUUGUCAUAUGUAUCUUCUGGUUAACAAUUUCUCCUCCUUUUCCAUUCAAAAAUUUGAAAGACUUCAAGGACAAAAUCAUCUUAGAGUGCGCUCUGGGCUCAGCUGUAGGCUUUUGGGCUGUACUUGGGUACAUCGGACUUCUGGCCAUGUUGUGUUUUAUUCUUGCUUUUCUUGCUCGGAAACUUCCUGAUAAUUUCAACGAAGCCAAAUUUAUCACCUUUAGCAUGUUGAUAUUUUGUGCAGUAUGGAUCACUUUUAUCCCAGCGUAUGUCAGCUCUCCUGGGAAGUUCAGUGUUGCUGUGGAGAUAUUUGCAAUUCUGGCUUCAAGUUUUGGGCUGCUGAUUUGUAUUUUUAUUCCAAAAUGUUAUAUUAUCUUACUGAAACCAGAGAAGAAUACGAAAAAGAAUAUGAUGGGAAAGGGGCACUAAAACCGUCCUGAAAUUUUAAUCUAAUAGGGUGCCUCUUGCAGUUUUACAUCACUUGUUAAUCACCAUCAAGUUGACAUUUAGCUUUGUUUUAUCGAGGACAUGCAUUGUACCUUUGCAUUAUUUCGCCCAUUUUUUAAUUUCAUUUGUGACAUUGCAUGUUGAGAUGACAGCAUUUAAUACAAAUAUAUAAAUAUGUAGUUGACAAUACUUCAUUUGACAGGAUUCAAGAGUCUUUAUUUGUUGCUUAAGCAUCCACUAUCUGCUGGUUAUUAUACGAUUUAAUGACAUCCUAAUGAAAAUGCCAAAUGAUACCUCUGUGGUUGAGGUCAAGGUAAUUAUUAAUCACACUCUUGUAAAUUAUUAGACAGUGUACCAACACCUUUUAGUGAUUUGUUCAAUACUAAGUGCUGUAGUUGAGGUCUAUGAAAAUAUUUAUGAAACAGUUGGCCUCAUGGCAUCCUGAUAGUCAAUGCUAAAGCCAACCACAUGUGACACAUUAAUGUAAUGUUAACAUAUAAAGCUGAAGAGUGCUUCACAAGUUUGAUAACCUGCUCUGGCAUGCUCAUGACAGGAUAUGUUGUUUUGUGUUGUUUUUGUUAAGUUCUAACAACAAAGAGAUCUCAAACUAAUAAUUCGUUCCUGAUUUUGAUAAAUUUGUGCAGUUUAUAAAAUUGUGAUCUAACAAUAAAUUCUACUGUUUCAUGGGCUUAACUAGUUUGCAGUGGCGGUUCUGCAUUGAAUUACUUCCCGGGCGAGUAGACAGAGUACUAUAACCCUGCUGUACAAUUACAGCGGGCGCCCAACAAAGACUACAUUGGACUACAUAUGCAAGAGAAAGUUUGUUCUACUAUAAAGCACACUAUACAUACAGUUAUACCAGUGUAACUGUAACCCAAUAAACCUGAAACAUCACCUGGUCAACAAUAACCCCGUAACUUGCAUGCAGCUGACAUUCAGAAUUAACCUGGCAGGUAUCACACUGCGGCUCAUUCAUUUUUUUAUGAUGUUAUUCACCUCAUUAUUUCCUGAAUGUUAAUGGGAUAAAUAAAUAAAUAAAAGUAAUAAGUAAAUAAAUCUGGCCCCCUAACAUAUUUUUAUGUUAGUGAAGUUAAU